GGUGGACAAGGUCCGGGCCUCGGGGGCUCGGGGCUGCCGGACUCCUCUGCCCGCUGCGGCCUCCGGGCCCUCGGCGCUGGAUGGGCUCGCGGGCCGGGUCGUGGCACCUCUGCCCUGACGUUCGCGCGGAAGGCGCGGCUCCCUCCUCGGCCCUUUCCCGGCUGACCCUUUCCCUCGGGUUGACCUCACUCCGCCGCUUCCACAGCCCGCGCCGAGAGCGCCCGGGCUGUCGGCUGAGGCUCGGGUCUCGGCCUCUGCGGACUCGGGCUCCGACCCGCGUUCUGCCCUCGGGCUGAGCCACUUUCCCUCUCCAAGCCUCAGUUUCCCCAUUGGUACGAUGGGGCGCGGGAGGCAGCAGACUCUGGGGAACGCGGAUGGGAUCCUCAUCUGACCCUGCAGCAUCAGUGUCGUGAUCAACAUGGGGGACUCUGCUGACACGGUCACCGCUGCGCCUGAGGCCGAGGCUGCAGAAGUGUCUCUUUUCAGCGCGACAGACAUGAUUCUGUUUUCUCUCAUCGUGGGUCUGCUUACCUACUGGUUCCUCUUCAGGAAGAAAAAAGAAGACGUCCCCGAGUUCACCAAAAUUUCAACCACGACCACCUCUGUCAAGGAGAGCAGCUUCGUGGAGAAGAUGAAGAAGACGGGGCGGAACAUCAUCGUGUUCUAUGGCUCCCAGACGGGGACCGCCGAGGAGUUUGCCAACCGCCUGUCCAAGGACGCCCACCGCUACGGGAUGCGGGGCAUGGCCGCAGACCCUGAGGAGUACGACCUGGCCGACCUGAGCAGCCUGCCCGAGAUAGACAAGGCCCUGGUGGUUUUCUGCAUGGCCACCUACGGCGAGGGGGACCCCACUGACAACGCCCAGGACUUCUACGACUGGCUGCAGGAGGCAGACGUGGACCUCGCUGGUGUCAAGUAUGCGGUGUUCGGCCUUGGGAACAAGACCUAUGAGCACUUCAACGCCAUGGGCAAAUACGUGGACCAGCGGCUGGAGCAGCUGGGGGCCCGGCGCAUCUUUGAGCUGGGCCUCGGCGAUGACGACGGGAACCUGGAGGAGGACUUCAUCACGUGGCGGGAGCAGUUCUGGCCGGCCGUGUGCGAGUUCUUCGGGGUAGAGGCCACUGGCGAGGAGUCCAGCAUUCGCCAGUAUGAGCUCGUGGUCCACACCGACAUGGACCCGGCCAAGGUGUACCUGGGCGAGAUGGGCCGGCUGAAGAGCUACGAGAACCAGAAACCCCCCUUUGAUGCCAAGAAUCCGUUCCUGGCUGCAGUCACCACCAACCGGAAGCUGAACCAGGGAACGGAGCGACACCUCAUGCACCUGGAAUUAGACAUCUCCGACUCCAAAAUCAGGUACGAAUCUGGGGACCACGUGGCUGUUUACCCCGCCAACGACUCCAGCCUUGUCAGCCAGCUUGGGGAGAUCCUGGGUGCAGACCUGGACGUCGUCAUCUCCUUGAACAAUCUUGACGAGGAGUCCAACAAAAAGCACCCAUUCCCCUGCCCCACGUCCUACCGCACGGCCCUCACCUACUACCUGGACAUCACCAACCCUCCGCGCACCAAUGUGCUGUUCGAGCUGGCCCAGUACGCCUCGGAGCCCGGCGAGCAGGAGCAGCUGCGCAAGAUGGCGUCCUCCUCGGGCGAGGGCAAGGAGCUGUACCUGAGCUGGGUGGUAGAGGCCCGGAGGCACAUCCUGGCCAUCCUGCAGGACUACCCGUCCCUGCGGCCCCCCAUCGACCACCUGUGCGAGCUGCUGCCUCGGCUGCAGGCCCGCUACUAUUCCAUUGCCUCCUCCUCCAAGGUCCACCCCAACUCGGUGCACAUCUGCGCCGUGGCUGUGGAGUAUGAGACCAAGUCCGGCCGCGUCAACAAGGGCGUGGCCACCAGCUGGCUGCGGGCCAAGGAGCCUGCUGGGGAGAACGGCCGCCGGGCCCUGGUGCCCAUGUUCGUGCGCAAGUCCCAGUUCCGCCUGCCCUUCAAGCCCACCACGCCCGUCAUCAUGGUGGGCCCCGGCACUGGGGUCGCCCCCUUCAUCGGCUUCAUCCAGGAGCGCGCCUGGCUGCGGCAACAGGGCAAGGAGGUUGGGGAGACGCUGCUGUACUAUGGCUGCCGCCGGGCAGAUGAGGACUACCUGUACCGCGAGGAGCUGGCCCAGUUCCACAGGGACGGCGACCUCACCCAGCUCAACGUGGCCUUCUCCCGGGAGCAGGCCCACAAGGUCUAUGUCCAGCACUUGCUGAAGAGAGACCGGGAGCAUCUGUGGAAGCUGAUCCACGACGGGGGUGCCCACAUCUAUGUCUGUGGGGACGCUCGGAACAUGGCCAGGGACGUGCAGAACACCUUCUGCGAUAUCGUGGCUGAGCUUGGGGCCAUGGAGCACGCCCAGGCUGUGGACUACAUCAAGAAGCUGAUGACCAAGGGCCGCUACUCCCUGGACGUGUGGAGCUAGGCAGCACCUGCCCCCGCCCCUCCCACCCACAGACUGUCCCCAUGAUCACCUUCCUCACUCCCUCUGCUGCCGCCUGGUGGUCUGUGCCUGGCCUUGCCACUGAGGGCAGGUCCGCGGACAGAGGCA